CUUAUAUCUUCUUUCUCUUACUCUCUUACUCCUCUAAUAAUCCCUCACCAUUUUUUUCCUUUCUUGUGCACUUCUUUAUUAUAGCUCAUCAAUAAUAUCACCACUUCACUACUACUACUUGUACUCCUUCCACUACCAACUUCUAUUCAAUUCCUUCCCUUUCACAACUCUGUCCCUUUCCAAAUUCUUUCCCAUGUAAAAAGAGCUUUUUUCUUUUCUUCGUCUUUUUUUUCACCAUCAAGAAAAAGAAAAAGAAAAAAAAAAAAAAACAAAGAAGCAAUAUAUUUGGUGUAUUGGGUAUUGCUUGGACUGGCAUUUUCAGCUGGAUUUUUGAGGAAGUGACUUGUUGGGCUAAUUUGGUCCUCUUUUUUUCCUGUUUUGGGUUUAAAUAUUAUCUCCAAAUACUUUUUUGUAUUGGGUUUCUGUUUGGCUGGUGAGAAAAGUUUUAUAAGCCGUGGAGGAAAGAGGAAACGCUUGGUUUGCUUAUCCGAUAGAUUCAACCAUUGAAGUCAUUGGUAUUAUCGUUGAAGAAGAUAGUAAUCGAAGCCCAAAAAGGACUUUAAAAACCCGAAAAUCACCAAGAGUUUUGGAACAAAAUGGCUCCAAAAACAGGCAAAGCUAAGCCACAUAAAGCCAAAGGAGAUAAGAAGAAGAAAGAAGAGAAAGUUUUGCCCACCGUAAUUGAAAUCACUGUGGAAACGCCAGAUGAUUCACAAGUGACCCUCAAGGUGCGGGGACCGAGACUGAAAGACUCGGUGGACAUCCUCUCUCUCAAGCCAUGCCAUCUCGCCAUCGUUGAAGAGGAUUACACGGAAGAGCAUGCGGUGGCACACGUGCGGCGGCUUCUCGACAUCGUCGCGUGCACAACCUCCUUCGGCGCGUCCGCCUCGUCUUCGCCCAAACCGGCCGGCCAGUCGAGCUCUAAAGAACCCGGUUCGGCCGAUACGGACGCCGGUUCCGCAACUACUCCAACUUCAAACAGCGUCGACGAGGCCAACAAUGGUCCGACCAAGGCUAAAUCCUCCGCCGACAAGAAACCGGCGCAGGUUUCCGGCGCCGCCGCCUUUAGAGGAGCAAACUUUGGGGAUAAGGCCGCAGAUGGAGCCGAUAAGAGCGGCGGAGACCCGGCGGUGUCGAUGUGCCCGCCACCGAGGCUGGGGCAGUUCUACGAGUUCUUCUCGUUCUCGAAUCUCACGCCGCCAAUUCACUAUAUUCGAAGAUCCACUCGUCCCUUCCUCGAGGAUAAGACCGAAGAUGACUACUUCCAAAUUGACGUCCGAGUUUGCAAUGGGAAGCCAACGACAAUCGUUGCUUCCAGAAAAGGGUUUUACCCUGCCGGGAAACGUCUUCUUUUGAGUCACUCUUUGGUUGGUCUUCUUCAGCAAAUAAGCAGGGCAUUUGAAGCAGCAUACAAUGCUCUUAUGAAAGCUUUCACUGAGCACAAUAAGUUCGGCAAUCUUCCUUAUGGUUUUCGAGCGAACACAUGGGUCAUCCCACCAGUUGUUGCUGACAACCCAUUUGUUGUCCCACCCCUUCCCGUGGAAGAUGAGAGCUGGGGGGGAAAUGGGGGUGGACAAGGAAGAGAUGGAAAACAUGACUUCAGGCCUUGGGCGAAAGAGCUCGCAGUUCUGGCUGCAAUGCCUUGUAAAACAGCAGAAGAGCGGCAAAUUAGAGAUAGGAAAGCCUUUCUGCUUCACAGUCUAUUUGUCGACGUGUCAGUUCUUAAAGCUGUUGCAUCAAUUAGGAGUCUCAUUGACAUGAAUCAUGAGUCCUUGAAUGAUCCCACAGUAUCACUUGUACAUGAGGAAAAAGUUGGAGAUUUGAUUAUUAAGGUGACAAGAGACGUGCCUGAUGCAAGUACCAAGUUGGAUUGUAAAAAUGAUGGGAGUCAGGUUCUCGGAAUAUCGCAGGAAGAGCUUGCUCAGCGAAAUUUACUCAAAGGCAUAACAGCUGAUGAGAGUGCAACAGUUCAUGAUACUGCUACUUUAGGUGUGGUAGUUCUUAGACAUUGUGGAUUCACAGCUGUUGUGAAAGUGUCUUCUGAUGUAACUUGGGAGGCGAAUGCUCUUCGUCAAGACAUUGACAUCGAGGACCAACCUGAAGGAGGUGCCAAUACCUUGAACGUUAACAGCCUGAGAAUGCUAUUACACAAGUCAUCAUCGCCUCAAUUGUCAAGUACAGUUCAGAAACUACAGAAUUCAGAUUAUGAGAAUUUACAUUCUGCUAGGUCUUCUGUAAGGAAAGUUCUAGAAGAAAGUUUGUCAAGGUUGCAGGAAGAACCCGCUAAACACAUGAAGUCUAUCAGAUGGGAGUUGGGAGCAUGUUGGGUGCAACAUUUGCAAAAUCAGGCUUCAGGGAAUACGGAUGGUAAGAAAACUGAAGAAGCUAAACUUGAGCCAGCUGUUAAGGGUCUUGGAAAGCAAGGUGGACUGCUAAAGGAGAUAAAAAAGAAAAUAGAUGUCAAGAGUGGCAAAACUGAACAGGGGAAAGAAGUUCUUGCAGGUAACAACCUUGAUGAUAAUAAGACUUCAGAUGCUAGUAACCAGAAGGAGAUGGAGAAACAAGAAGCGGAAAAAGAAACGAUGUGGAGAAAGCUGCUUCCAGAAGCAGCAUACUUGCGCCUUAAAGAAUCAGAUACACGCCUUCACCUUAAGUCUCCUGAAGAGUUGAUUGAAAUGGCACACAAAUAUUAUGCUGAUACUGCGCUUCCAAAACUGGUGGCAGAUUUUGGCUCUCUAGAACUUUCACCAGUUGAUGGAAGGACAUUAACAGAUUUUAUGCAUACUAGGGGCUUGCAAAUGUGUUCCUUGGGACGUGUGGUUGAACUUGCUGAUAAGCUCCCUCAUGUGCAAUCGCUUUGCGUACAUGAAAUGAUUGUGAGAGCGUACAAACACAUACUGCAAGCUGUGAUAGCAGCAGUCCAAAAUGUUGCUGACUUGGCUGCAUCAAUAGCAUCCUGUUUAAAUAUAUUACUGGGGACACCAUCUGUUGAAAAUGAAAGUGCACACUGCACAGAUGACGAAAAUCUAAAAUGGAAGUGGGUUGAAACUUUCCUCUUAAAGAGAUUUGGGUGGCAAUGGAAGUAUGAAAGCAGCCAGGACUUAAGAAAGUAUGCUAUUCUCCGGGGAUUGUGUCACAAGGUUGGACUUGAGCUUGUCCCUAAGGACUAUGAGAUGGACACUGCAUCUCCUUUUCGGAAAGCGGAUAUCAUAAGUAUGGUCCCUGUAUACAAGCAUGUUGCAUGUUCAUCUGCUGAUGGACGUACACUGUUGGAAUCAUCGAAAACUUCCUUAGACAAAGGUAAACUGGAGGAUGCCGUUAAUUAUGGUACCAAGGCACUUGCAAAGCUUGUGUCAGUAUGUGGACCUUAUCAUCGAAUGACAGCCGGAGCAUACAGUCUUCUUGCUGUGGUGCUCUAUCAUACAGGGGACUUCAAUCAGGCUACCAUUUAUCAGCAAAAAGCACUGGAUAUUAAUGAGAGAGAGCUUGGACUUGAUCAUCCUGAUACUAUGAAAAGUUACGGGGAUCUGGCUGUUUUCUACUAUCGGCUUCAACAUACAGAAUUAGCCCUGAAGUAUGUCAAUCGUGCAUUGUAUCUUUUGCACCUAACAUGUGGGCCGUCUCAUCCCAACACCGCUGCCACCUACAUUAAUGUAGCUAUGAUGGAAGAAGGUUUGGGGAAUGUCCAUGUUGCUCUAAGGUAUCUCCAUGAGGCCCUGAAAUGUAAUCAAAGGCUACUUGGAGCUGACCAUAUACAGACUGCUGCCAGUUAUCAUGCUAUAGCCAUUGCCCUCUCUUUGAUGGAAGCCUACUCUCUAAGUGUUCAGCAUGAACAAACUACCCUUCAAAUUUUGCAGGCGAAGCUCGGAUCAGAGGAUCUACGCACACAGGAUGCUGCGGCGUGGCUUGAGUAUUUCGAGUCCAAGGCUUUGGAGCAGCAAGAAGCUGCACGCAACGGUACUCCAAAGCCAGAUGCCUCUAUCUCCAGCAAAGGUCAUUUAAGUGUGUCGGACCUUUUGGAUUAUAUAACCCCAGAUGCUGAUAUGAAGGCAAGAGAAGCACAAAAAAGAGCUCGUUCAAAGGUCAAAGGAAAACCCGGGCAAAACUGGGAAGUAGUCUCAGAAGAGUUUCAGAAGGAUGAACUCUUGGUUGCUAGUUUUCCGACUGCAGAGAGUUCAAGUGAUAAAGAAAAUACAUCUGAAGUUAAAUUUGCAGAACCCAGAAACGAGAAACAUGAUUCAAGCCUACCAGAUCAAUCAGUGAUAUUGAGUGCAAAUGAUGAUUUGGCUCUGGAUGACACCUCAGAUGAAGGAUGGCAAGAAGCUGUUCCCAAGAGUCGUUCACUUACUGGGCGCAAGACUUCUGGUUCGAGGAGGCCAAGUCUCGCAAAACUGAAUACUAACUUUAUGAAUGCAUCGCAGACGCAAAGAUACCGAGGAAAACCUGCUAAUAUUACAUCGGCAAAAACAUCCCCAAAUGAGUCUAAUGCUUCUGCCAGUAAUGCCCUUCCUGCUGCCAAGAAGUUUAACAAGAGUGCAAGCUUCAGUCCGAAGCAAGUUAACGCUGCCUUGUCAGCUAACGGUGGAGCAGAGAGGCAAUCAAACCCAAAGUCAGGCCAAGCCAGCCCAGCUACAGUAGAUCCAGUUGUCAAGUCUACUCCUACGGCGAGUCCAGUUGGUGUUCAGGCAGCUGGAAAACUUUUUUCCUACAAAGAAGUUGCCCUCGCUCCACCUGGGACAAUUGUGAAGGUAGUGGGAGAACAGUUGCCAAAAGUUGGUCCUCCCACUGAACAAAACUCUCAGGUGAGCCAGGAGACUGGUGCCGCAGAUGUCACAUCAGGUGAAGCGACAACCGUAAAGGACAUAGAGGUAGACAAAGUUCAAAGACCUGUAGAAGUGAAACAGAUUUUGGUUUCUGAGGAGAAAACUAAAAACUCCAACGAUGAUGAAAAACAUGCUAAAGUUGAGGAUUCUGUUGUAGAAGAGUCCUUGGAGGUAGGGAAGAUUGUAAUUGUUGGAGAGAUGCAAGUGGAAACGAAAGUUGAAAAAACAGAAGCAAAAUCUGUAAGUAUUGCAGUGCCUGGAGUUGAAAAGCCUGUUACUUCUAAAAAUUCGACCUCUUGUCUCACAAAAAAUGAGCAGUCAGAAGCAGCAGUACCGGGAAGUCGCCCUGGUUUAGGGACUACCCAAUCUGUUUUAACUGAAAAUAUGAGUCUUUCACAGGAAAAAGAGCCCUUGGAUGCAAAAAUCAAAAUUGGAGAGGAAAAUGAAAAGCUCUGUGACUUGCCCAAUGGUGACACAGGUGGCAAGCCAGUGGCAGGUGAGGGGGAAAAGCAUGACGAACCUGAAACUGGAAAGGAGUCAACAAAGAAACUUUCCGCGGCUGCACCUCCGUUCAAUCCGUCAACAAUUCCUAUUUUUGGUUCUAUCCCAGUUCCAGGAUUCAAAGAGCACGUAGGAAUUUUGCCCCCACCUGUAAACAUUCCUCCUAUGCUUACGGUUAAUCCCAUGCGUAGAUCACCUCAUCAGUCAGCAACAGCCAGGGUUCCAUAUGGUCCCAGGUUGUCUGGUGGCUACAACAGAACUGGAAAUCGGGUUUCGCGCAAUAAACCAAGUUACAAUAAUGGUGAACACAUUGGAGACGCAAACCAUUUCAGUCCUCCACGAAUAAUGAACCCACAUGCUGCUGAGUUUGUACCAGGCCAACCUUGGGUUCCCAAUGGCUAUCCAGUAUCUCCAAAUGGUUAUCCUAUAUCUCCAAAUGAUUAUCCUAUAUCUCCAAAUGGUUAUCCUGUGUCUCCAAACGGAAUUUCCGUGUCACCAAAUGGAUAUCCAUCAUCACUGAAUGGCAUUCCAGUUGCGCAAAAUGGUUUUCCAACAUCCCCAAUCAGUUCAGUAGAGUCGGCAUCAUUUGUGAAUGUUGGCAUGGGUAUCGAAAGCAACUCUACUGAAGCUGUUGUGGAGGAGAAUACCGAGAAGUCCUUAGCAGAAGUCCAUUGUGAAAGCAACUCUACUGAAGCUGUUUUGGAGGAGAAUACCGAGAAGUCCUUAGCAGAAGUCCAUUGUGAAACGCAGACAACCGAAGAAAAGCCUCAAGAAGAUCAAUCUGUUGAUAAAGUAAACGCUGAUCCUAAUGUUGAAACAAGCCAAGCUGACAAAGUUCCCGUGGCUGGUGAUACUGAAGUUGUGAAAGAAACCAGCAACAUAGUAGUCGAGGAAAAACCAGCCAAAUGUUGGGGAGAUUACAGUGACAAUGAAGCUGAUGUCAUUGAGGUUUCAAGUUGAAGAAGGAUUCUGAGAUUUUCUUAGAUAUGAAGGCAAGCUGCUAAUAGCUUAAUGCUGUGUAGCUGUGAGACUACCGUAGCACUAAAGAGGUGAAGAUUUUGCUAUGAUGCCUCUGGCGCUAGUAGACAUCAAGCCUGUGCAAUGUGAAUACGUGCUAAUACAGGUCGGCUUUUGUGGAGAAUGGGAUGAGAAUCGUUAACUGCCUAAUAGUUUGUAACGCGGAAGUUAAUAUACCAUAACUGAAGGAAGAUCCUUUUGAGUAGUUUCUGGAUGACAUUUUCCCAUUUUAUUUUAUUUUUUGUUCUUGCCAACAUAAUUUUUGUUCUGUUAGAUGAGAACCCAAAAUAAGCUUUCGAGGUUCUGUGCUUUUCCAGCUCAUGCACUCGAAGAUGUUGAAUACUUGGAAGGUCUGCAUCAAUAAAGUCUCAAGUUUCUUAAUAAA